AUGAAGUUAAAGCUGGUAACUAAUGAAGAUGAUUUGAUGUCACUCAAAAACAAAUAUGCGAACGAUCCACUAUUUUUUCCUAUUUGGCACUCAAUUGAAUUCGAGUUGAACUGGUCAUUUCCAAAUGCGAAAUUAUUGCUGUAUUCAUAUCAAUCUGGUGAUUCUGUUCUCCUGUUUGGGUACAAGAAGCAUCGCAUCACUAAGGACGCGAUCCUGCUGUAUCGUUGUGGCCAAAUCGAAGAAGAGGAAUUCAACGAGGCCCUUGCUGAACUGAACGAAUUGCAACCACUACCCAGCAGUUGCUUUUUCAUGGGCGAAGAGCGUCUGACAGAGAUGGUAUCUGCCUACUUCACGGCGCAGUCGUACAUUGUGCGCCCGUACCCAACCAAAACGUUUUAUAUGACCCCUGAGCAGAUGGAGACGGUGCAGAAUCUUCCUCCACCGGAUCUGCCUAAUGGAUACGAGAUAGGCUCUGCUGAUCCAGAAUGUGAUGCCGAAGUGGUCACUAAAACAUGGAUUCACGCCGGUCCGAACGAGGAGGAACAAACAAGGUCAGGACGGUUUUUACAAUGGCUUGGCGUCUACCGCGUGCCUGAAUCAAUUAUUUUCAGAGCUAAACUCAAGCAUUUCCCAUCCAGCUGCGUUCGCUACGAUGGCAAAGCUGUGGGCUUCGAGAUGAUUGAUCCGAUAGGUGUUCUCAACCACUUGUUCGUAUUGGAGCCACAUCGCAAUAAGGGAUUGGGCAAUAUAAUUGAGCUGGAUUUAGCGCGGAAGAUGAUUAGAAAAGGUCUCAAAGUCUCCAAAUGUGUCGAGCUGUACAACACCGCCGUCCUAUCAGGGAGCGCUCGAUCUCCAUACUGGACGACGGCGACGGAUGUCAACGGCGAAGAUAUUAUUUAUGUAUUUUUGGCGGUCACAAAGGAAUAA